CUCCGGCAAGUACAAGCGUCGCGCUUGUACUUAAACAAAAAUAAGAAAGCACUUUAUACAUAAGCUACGCUUAUAAAAUAAUCAGUUCCAUAAGAUUACAUUAUCGAAUAAAAAUUAUAUUUAACCGGACGUACAAUGGUGGACUACAGCAAAUGGAAAGAUAUUGAAAUUUCAGAUGACGAGGAUGACACUCAUCCAAACAUUGAUACACCAUCAUUAUUUAGAUGGCGUCAUCAAGCAAGAAUUGAAAGAAUGGAAGAACGAAAACGUGAGCAAGAGGAACAUCAGAGAAAAAAAGUGGAAACUUUGCAAAAAUUAAAAGAUACAAAGGAGAAACUUGCAAAAUUGGAAAAUGAACAAAAGGAUGUAGCUGACUUAACUACAUUAAAAAAAGUUCUGCAAGAUCUUGAAGAGGAAGAGAAAAAGAUUCAAGAAAGAGAAGAAGAAAUGAAGAAGAAAGAAAAACUAACACCUUGGAAUGUUGAUACUAUUGGCCAGGAUGGUUUUACAAAGACAGUAAUUAAUAAAAAGCCACCACGUAGAGAAGAUGACACUGGUUUGUCAGAUGAAGAGAAGGAAAAGAAAAUGAAACAAUUUGUAAAAGAAAAUGAAAAAAAAUUAGAAAAAUUUGGUAUGUUGAGGAAGUAUGAAGAUAGCAAGGCAUUCUUGACUGAAAAUCCUCAAUUAGUGUGUGAAAAUACUGCAAAUUAUUUGGUAAUUUGGUGUAUUAAUCUGGAAAUAGAUGAAAAACAUGACUUAAUGGAACAUGUUGCUCAUCAAUGUAUAUGCAUGCAAUAUAUUUUGGAAUUAUCAAGACAGUUGGAUGUUGAUCCAAGAGCAUGUGUGAGUUCAUUCUUCAGUCGUAUUCAAAUUGCUGAAGUAGAAUAUAAAAAUUCCUUUGAUGAUGAAUUAAGAGGAUUUAAAGACAGAAUACGUAAGAGAGCUGCUGAAAGAGUAGCAGAUGCCCUUAAACAAGUUGAAGAAGAAGAAAAAGAAGCACGUCUUGGUCCAGGUGGUCUAGAUCCAGUUGAAGUGUUUGAAAGCCUUCCAGAGCCUCUACAAAAAUGCUUUGAAUCACAAGAUAUUCCUUUGCUGCAUCAAACACUAGCAGCGAUGUCACGAGAAGAAGCAUCUUAUCAUAUGAAACGAUGUGUCGAUAGUGGCCUUUGGGUACCUGAUACAAAAACUAAGGAAAAAAAAGAUGAAGAAGAAUCUGUAGAAGAUGUUGAAGGAACAACUGAUCCGGAAUAA